AAUAGAAGUUCUAGCUAAAACUAUUGGGGAAUGCAAGAACGAAAACUGAUUUAUGAUAAAGGAAAAGGAAUCAACAUAAAGGAAUGGGAAAAUCGAAGACAACAAAUGACACUAAGGAUAUGGUACCCUUAUUAUAGGAAGCUAGAAUCAAGGAAACCAUGAGGUGUGACUCAGGUGUCAAAAGGUUUGGGGUUCCACUUUGGAACAUUUUUGAGCAUACAAUAGUUCUUUAUUUUAGAUGAUAACAUUAGUUAAUUUGACCCCAAUGCAGCCUCUUGUGGGGUGUUCCUUGUCUCUUCAGGUGGCAAGGUGGCCAUGGAUAUAUCAUCUUGGGAUGGAACCCUCUCAUCAAGUGACUUCUGCCUUGCUGCUCAUGCUUUCACUGAGAAAUGGAAAAGGAUCAACCCUGUUCUCCCUCCAUGGUCAUGGGUACCUCGGCCAAAAUCACCAUGGUAGAGGGUUAUUUGUCACUAGAGAACAUGUGCAUUCUCAGGAAGAUCACGAUGAAAAAAGUCACAAGGGAAAUGAAGAGCCCAAUUGUCUGGGGAAAGAUGAGUACAUUGAUAAUGCUACUUUGGUCCAGAGUUAUCGUCAGGACGUACGUUACUUUGACUUCCAUAUAGUGUACAGUGCUUCAUAUAGGGUUCCAGUGCUAUAUUUCCGCACAUAUUCUAGUGAUGGCCAACCUUUGCUGUUGGAAGACAUUGAAAAGGAACUUCCUGGAAACUCUACAAAUGUACUAAUGGAAUCAAAAUGGACAUUCAUAACUCAGGAGGAGCACCCAUACUUGAACAGACCAUGGUACAAAUUACAUCCUUGUGGAACCAGUGAGUGGAUGAAGCUGCUUUUUCUCACAGACCCUUCCCUUGGUGGUAGCCAAGGGGUGCCAGUUGAGCUAUAUCUCUCAUCAUGGAUCUCAAUGGUUGGGCAGGCGGUUGGCCUUAAGGUCCCCUUGGAAAUGUUCAACAAAAGAAAAGAGUGAAGGAGGCGAGUUGUAUGAGAAUGGUUUGCCCUAAAUCUUCCAGACAGGGGUUAACAAGGCAUUUCUUCUGAUGAUCCAGUGAAAGUGAAAGUGGUGGGCGUUUCAAUAGUAUGGCUGAAGUGAUUCACUCUUUCAAAUGACAGGCAAUCUAGAAAAGACAAAAGGGUUGAUUGUGGUAUAGAGUAUAGUUAUGGGUCUCAGGGUUUUCUCCUUGAGCCAGAGUUGUUGGUGUUUAUGUAGAAUUGUUCUAGCAAUGAAUUUGAAUCAGUGAUGAUGACACUUUUGUAAAUUCAAUUUAUAUAAUAUUAAUUAAUUUUAA